CCGGGCUCGGGGAGGCCCCGCGUCUCCCCUGCACUCUCCGCUCUCUCCCCUCGCCUCGCUCUCUCCACACUCUCCCUGCGCUCACGGCCCCACGGAGGCGCCCUCAGAUGGCAAACGUGCUGCCGUUAUGUCACUGCCCCCGGGAAGCUGGAGUUGCAGGCCACACAAAGCGAGUGUGUUACCAUGUCGGCGUGAAGGCCGUCCCGAAUGAGCCGUGGCCAUGGAGAACGAGGAGGACAGCCUGAGCACCGAGCUGCAGUUCCAGGAGGAGAACGUGGUCACCACGGUGAGGGGUGAGGAGGAGGUACAUGACGCAGUGGCGAUGUCCCCGUGUCUGCUGAUGCCAUCGCACGGGCGCCUUGCGAUUGAUGCGGUGACGAAGCUCAGCUCAUCGGUCACAAUGAAGCCGGCCUCCCAGCAGGAGGAGGAGGGCACGUGCAAGGGUUUCCUUCUGUACAGCGCAUCGUGCCACACCAGCACAGGCCCAGCCACUGCCCUGACCAGCUCCCCCAUGCUCACCACCCUCGCACUCCCACGCCUCCACUCCUACCCGGCCCCUCCAGGUGGCAGUGUCACGGUGGACCACAGCGACGUGAUGCCCGAGGUCUCUCUGGACAGUGCCGGCUCACUCACCCAGCAAGAUAAGAUGGUCUACAUGGCCGUGAAGGACUCUGAGCCAGAGGGGGAGGAUGUGAGAAGCUGUGCGGACAUGACAGACGAGGUAUACAUGGAGGUGAUCGUGGGCGAGGAGGAGGAAGGCGUUGCUGUGGUAUCGGAUUCGCCCCAGGGUGACGUGGCGCUUGGCUGUGACUUCCUGCCUGUGCCGUGGACGGUGGAGUACACCACAAGCCCGAAAGUGGCCGACGGAAAUGGAGACUUGGGGAUGCCGGCACAGCCGAGUAGCGCGGCGUUAGUGCCGGCACUGGUACCGGCGGUGGUGGCGCGAGGAGCAGUGCACAAGAAGCGGGAUGGACUUGGCGUGUCUGGUCAGCAGCAGCAGCCAUCCACAAGCUAUAAGAAUGCGUGUGAGCGCACGUCGUUCAUCUUCCUGCGCCAGGAGCUGCCCGUGCGUCUCGCCAACACCAUGAAGGAGAUCAACCUCCUGCCCGACAAGCUGCUGCACACGCCCUCUGUGCAGCUCGUGCAGAGCUGGUACGCCAAGAGCAUGACCGAGAUCCUGGGGUACGUGGAUAAGAACCCCGAUGAUGGAAAGGUCCUCACCAACUUCACAGAGACGCUGCUGGAGGUGCGCACCCUGCACAAGGACGUGGUGCCCACGAUGGCGCAGGGCGUGAUGGAGUACAAGGAGGUGCUGGGCGUCGACCUGGCCUCCGACCGCAACGUGCAAUACUUCCUCGACCGCUUCUACAUGAGCCGCAUCUCCUUCCGCAUGCUCAUCAAUCAGCACGCGCUUCUCUUUGGCCUGGAGGACAUCCACCCGAAGCACAUUGGAACCAUCGACCCCACGUGCCAGGUGGCAGAGGUGGUCCAGGAUGCCUUCGAUAGCGCCAAGCAGCUUUGCAAUCAGUACUACCUGGGAUGUCCCGACGUUCAGAUCCAGCAGCACAACGGGAAGAACCCGGGCCUUCCCAUCCAGGCGGUGUAUGUGCCCUCUCACCUCUUUCACAUGCUCUUUGAGCUGUUAAAGAAUGCGGUGCGAGCGACGGUGGAGCACCACGGGGAGUCGGACUUCCCUCCCGUUCACGUGCUCAUCACGCUCGGCCCUGAGGACCUCACCAUCAAGGUGAGCGAUCAGGGAGGAGGAGUUCCUCUCAGGAAGAUUGAGCGACUCUUCCACUACAUGUACUCCACCGCGCCUCCACCCCACACUGACGUCUCCCGCGCCCCGCCACUGGCCGGCUUUGGCUUCGGCCUGCCCAUAUCGCGGCUCUACGCACAGUACUUCAAUGGGGACCUGAAGCUUUACUCCAUGGAGGGGCAGGGCACGGACGCGCUCAUCUACCUGAAGGCGCUGUCGAGUGAGUCGGUGGAGAAGCUGCCGGUGUUUAACCGCUCAGCGUGGCGCCACUACCGCAACUUGCAUGAGGCCGACGACUGGUGCGUGCCGAGCAGCGAGCCGCGUAACGUGCUCAACAAGACGACCUGACUGCACCUCUCCGCACUACUCCGAGCUCCUCACACCGCACGAUGUAAUUAAUGACUAGACCACCAGCUCUCCCCGCACUACAGCGCAAUACACCACCCGACAAUUCUACACUCAGCUACAUAAUAAACCGAUACUAUACCACACUACUCUGUUACACCGCGCUGCACUGUUCUUCACCACCCUGCAGUGAGCCAUGCAACAUGUGAGCAGCGCUAUAGAUGCUCCAUGCUGAAUGAGGACUUCUCAAAAACAUUUGGACUCUACCCCAGUGCACACCACAGUAAACACUACCACACCGCGCUCACGCGGACACAAACGGUACUGCAGUAAUGCACUCUUCCGCACCACUUGGGCCUUUGAAGGCUGUAUCGAUGAGCAGUGCUGCGAAACUACGAAAAGUGCUCACACUCCGUGUGCUUGGUAUGUGGCACUCGGCCAAGGCUCGUAUACACACGCACACAAAAGAGUGUGCACAUGUACGCACACUCUCGGUGUCGCCUCACUCCAAUCUGUGCAUUGGAUGAGGAUUCUGUAUCUGAUGAGACAAGGGUUCUGCAUCAGAUUGGAUGAAGGGGGCGACAGGGUUGUGCGGUGGUGUUAGGCCUCACGGUAAAUAGAUCCAUGGGAUCAGUUCCUGACACAGCACCUUUCUGCGUGGAAUUAGUUUUUUGUUUGUUUUCCCCCCUCUUAUGCAUGUGUUUCCUCCAGGUUCAUAGAGGGUAGUUCUGACGAGACGAGGGCUCUAUAAGUUUGCUGGAGGUGACCAGGUGUCAAAUGCACUGACGUGCAGUGCUGAUUUUGUACGUUCAAGGCGGAGACAGAGUGAGCACUCACAGUGGAAGGCAAUACCGUGUUGGCUGUAUAUAGGUCAUUAUGAAUCAUCAUGGACAGCUUUACUGAAGAAAAAAAUCACAUUUUAUGUUUUAUGUGAUAGACCUUCAAGAUUAUAAAUCUUGAACAAAGGGUUUUGGUUGUUAAGCAAAUGUGUGUAUUGAUGAAUGGUUAUACAACAUAUACCGUGUGUAGUGUACGUUUCGUGGAAAGCAUGUGGCCCUGUGGAAGGGAACUCAUGUGAUAUUGGAAUUCCAGUAGUGACAACAUGACGAGCAUCUUGUCACUACUGGAACUGAAGGUGAAAUAUAUUUAUUUGAAAUCCGUGUCCUUUAUUUAACCAGGCGAGGGCACGUUUAGAUUAAUUACCUCUUUUGCACAUGAGUCCUGGUACGCGGCACUUACAUGGCCGACAGUUGUUAAUGUAUCGGUGGUGAAGUGGCAUUCACCGCUUAUUGCAGAGGUUCACAGUUCAAAUCCGGCAAGUCACCCUGAUUAAUGCUGCAGUGUAGUAACCAUAACAUACCAUGUGCUGUCUGCCUCACAAUUAACGUUAAAGAUCCCGUCACUGUAGGCCAUUGUUUGUUAGUCACGGUCCAAUUUAGCACAAAUUUUAUAAUUACGCCACGAAAUAUUCAAUUGGAAACGCAUCGCAGUUGUCGCCUCCUGUGAAAUUUGGCAGGACCUUAUUGGAAAACAGUUGAGGCCCAGUGAGGCUUUGCUGGUUAAAUAACAGUAAUACAAAUAAUCUCGAAUAGCUUAUGAAUAGCGACCAAAAGUGCAAGACAAUAAGUAGUAGCACAGCCGCCGUCUACUGAUUUUGAGACAUCGCCUGACUGAAAUUCUCUUCCAGUCUCCAUGGGGUUAAGUUGCCACCAAUUAAGUGAGGGUUGGAGUGAAUUCUGUCUCACUUGAGUUUUGAAAACUGUUCAUUGAAUGAGGCCCGGCUCCAGAUCCUCUGGGGGAGGGGGGGGGGCAGAAGAGCGGUUGUGUGAGGGGCCACGGUCACCGUGAUUCGCCACUAACAAGCGUAAACUUGACGGGCCAAGGGAACACUUGGUGGUGCAGGGUUUAGCCCAGCGCCAGCCUCGCAUCGGCCCUUAUUUGAGUGUUCAUCUCUUGACCGUUGAAUAGAAUGCACAGAAAUGUGGCACAGUGGGGAGCACAGGCGGUGCAUCUGUCAGUCAUCUUGAGUCGGUCACCCGAUUACGAUUGGGUCUGUUGUGAACUGCCAUCGAGCCUUUGACGAUUAUAAGCUUACGGUAUUGUCAAAUCACGUAUUAAAAUGUAUUGCUCAGUUUGUAUGCAUUGUACGCAAUCGGGUUCACGUGACCCCUGCAACCACUAGAUGCCGUUACAAUGUAAAAAAUAUCGAUUUCUAGAAUCAAAGUGGGACCGAAUGGCGGCAAUUUGUUGAAAUCGCCGUGGGGGUGAAUCGUCGACCUCUCCGGGUAAGGAGGCAGGGAGCGAGUCGGGGGCCUCGUCGUAGUUGCCCCCUCGAGGCGUGGAUCGCAACGUCGUCGCUACAAGCGCGGAGCAGAAUGUGGCCUUUGUUAAAGGCGUGGAGGCAUUUGCUGGCAGUCGCGGCAGAUGCCAUAUGCAGGGGUAUUCUCACAGCUUUUCCAGUGCUCUAUUUACAGAGGGCAUGCCCCCCUUGCCUCUCUCUCUCUCAUAGCCAACUAUCUCCCAGUCUCCCCCCUCCGCCGUCACGAACCCCGCACUUGAUACCGAGCCUAAUGCACGGCGGGGCUUCUUUAAGUAGCAGACAGCCAAUGAAGUCUUACAUCUAAAACAAUCCUCGCUCAAGUUGUUUGUUCUGAUGCCAUUAAUUCACUCUAAAUAUGAACGAUGCUUUUAUUAUUAGCAAUAAAGGAUGUGUUUUGCCUUGUC